AUGAAGAGAGAAACUCCGGGAGGAUCAAAUUCUCUUCACAAUUCUAAUCCUCUUCAGGUACCUAGUGGUUUUAAUAUCAUUGUGAAGAGAGAAACUCCGGGAGGACCAAAUCCUCUACAUGAUUCUAAUCCUUUGCGGGCUCUUAGUGGUUUUAAUGUCAUUGUGAAGAGAGAAACUCCGGGAGGACCAAAUCCUCUUCACGAUUCUAAUCCUUUGCAGGCACUUAGUGGUUUUAAUGUCAUUAUGAAGAGAGAAACUCCGAGAGGACCAAAUCCUCUUCACGAUUCUAAUCCUUUGCAGGCUCCUAGUGGUUAUAAUGUCAUUGUGAAGAGAGAAGCUCCGGGAGGACCAAAUCCUCUUCACGAUUCUAAUCCUCUGCAGGCUCCUAGUGGUUUUAAUGUCAUUGCGAAAAGAGAAACUCCGGGAGGACCAAAUCCUCUGCAAGCACUUAGCGAUUUUAAUGUCAUUGUGAAGAAAGAAACUCCAGGAGGACCAAAUCCUCUUCAUAAUUCUAAUCUUCCGUAG